AUGUCGAACUACAAAAUGAAGAGCCUAUUGAAGGGUCUUAGGUACAUUUCUCAAAUUUUUGAAAACGAGAAAGAGCCAGAGAUGCAAAUUGGAACUCCAACAGAUGUAAAGCAUGUUGCCCACAUUGGUUGGGAUGGAGGAUCUGUCAAUCAAAAUUCACCUAGCUGGAUGAAUGAUUUUAACGCAUUGGGUGGGUAUUCAUUGGCGCCUCUAGGAAAUAUCAAGGAGGAUGCGUCCUGUAUUUCUGAAGAUUCGACUCGAUCACGUGAUAAACCAGGACUUCCAAAAUCAUCGAGAGACCGUUCGAACAAUUUGGGUUCACCAGCAAAGGAACGAUCAAGACGUGGAUAUUCGAAUUCUAGUGGAAACCCUAGAACUUCACGGAGGUCAAAGGAAUCUUCUGACAUUCCUCAAGAUGGUUCUAGAAAAUCUCGUCGGAAAAAGUCUAAGGAUUCUGCAAAUGGUGGGUCUUCAAGAUCUUCGCGAAGAGCACGUGGAUCUCAGACAGAAUCUAUAAGUGGUUCAGUGUCCGAUGCAGGAUCAAUGAUAUCAAACUCCAAUGAUAUUUAA